CCCACUCAGUCUGCUGACAACCGCAAGUGUCGACGUUUUUAACUAAAAUUAAACAUGUAGUUAUCACGCUUGCAUUCAUGAAUUGUUGCUCGGAAAUGCUGAAUGUUUCACCGAUUUUUUUUAAAAGUUUUUCACCGCUGACUGUUUAUAUCCGCCGAGGGAGAGACAAACUUGGGAAUAACCGAUUUGGAAGCUGAUGAGUAACUUUUAAGAGGCUGACCUAUGCUAAGCUAAUCCGUUAGCCAAACUUCUCUUUAAAAAUACCCUAACAGAGUGGCGUGCGAACUUUAUAUUUUGUCCAACGCAGACUGGAUGGAUUUCUAAAACAGAACGCCGGAGUUUGUCUUCAUUCGGUGUGUGAAAGGUGCAGGUGCGCCUCCUUUUUGGAGCUCCCACGGUAGUUAUAACUUGUUCGCUUUAGCAUGUUGUCGACUUCAUCCUCACACACUUGUGGGAUUUUUGGAUUUAAACACUUGAACCGCUGCUGUUAUUUUAUUAGUUGUUUAAUCAACCCACAAGACAGUGACAUUAGCUAAGAAGUGCCUGGGCUAACGUUAGCUUGUUGGCUAGCUGGGGACGUGGACAGUUGUGGACACUCUCUCUCUCCCACGCAGGACUUUUGACACGCUUUGACCCUGCUGUGGGCUGCUUUGGAGUUCACCAGUGAGGUCUUCAUCAGCCAAUUUCGCAGACACGAGAAGAUGAGUGAUUCAACAAGUUGGCUGUAACCGUUUUAAAGUUUGUUCCGAACGCUCUGCACCCUAUGGUGCCGCUACGGCUACCGAGCAAUGGAUGUCUCGCAGGCCGCUUUCCCAAACGGUGAAGGGCGGCCGGGCGGCAGUGGGACCAGGGAGCAUGUCUGGACAGAUUCCCCCACGGUUCGGGCUUGGGCUCACUCGGCCCCGUUAUGCCUGACUCGGUCCCUGUGGACAGCCGCCUUCGACUACGAGGCCAGCGGCGAGGACGAGCUCAGCCUCCGGCGAGGGGAUGUGGUGGAGGUGCUGUCCAAGGACGCCGCGAUCUCCGGAGACGAGGGCUGGUGGACGGGAAAAAUCAACCAUCAAGUCGGGAUUUUCCCAUCCAAUUAUGUCACUUACCAGCCCGCUAUUUACCGCCUCCCUGCCGCCACCGGGUCUGUGGGAGCUCGGGAGGCCGUCCCCAGUUCUCCCGUUCAGAUCGCUUUCUGUGAACUGGUGCUGGAGGAGAUCAUCGGCGUGGGUGGAUUUGGAAAAGUGUACCGGGGCACGUGGAAGGGCCAGGAGGUCGCCGUGAAGGCUGCUCGGCAAGAUCCGGACGAGGACAUAACGGCCACCUCCGCCAGUGUUAAACAAGAAGCAAAACUUUUUUCCAUGCUGCAACAUCCCAACAUUAUAAAACUGGAAGGAGUGUGUUUGGAGGAGCCUAACCUGUGCCUGGUUAUGGAGUAUGCACGAGGAGGUACCUUGAACCGGGUGUUGACCGGGAGGCGCAUCCCUCCACACAUCCUGGUUAACUGGGCCGUGCAGAUUGCACGCGGGAUGCGCUACCUGCACGAGGAGGCUGUUGUCCCCAUCAUCCACCGCGACCUGAAGUCCAGCAAUAGUAAGUGUGUAUGUUGUGUAGAAAGCAGACCUAAACCUUAA